AUGUCAAAGGAAGCAAAAGUGUGCAACGAAAGCAAUUUGAUUCGUGGUGCAGGAUCCCUCAGUCACGAAACUAGGGAAGCAUUUCUCUCAGCAUUAGUGUCUGAAGAGCUUCAUGGAAUGGAUCGCACAAUUUUGAUGCGAGUGUUGAAACUACUAGAACAUAAAGGGAAGCUUGCAAUCUUUAAGGGAACUUCAGCUGAUGAUGAAGGUGUGAAAUUCUCUGUGUAA